CACAUAUAUUCAUGCAAAGCAACUUUAAAGAAUUGUUCCUAUCGGAGAUGCUGUCAUAAUUGUCCACAAACGAGUCCAAUUCGGUUCACCUGCUCAACACCACAAUAUUUUUUUUUUGCCGUGCUCUUUUCAGUUCAGCAAAUUUAGUAUUUAAUAAUCACUACUUGGGAACCAUUAAUAAAAGUACAAGUGUUCUAGUCUUUUGCAAUUUGUCAAUGGCCAACCAUGAACAAGACCUUCCUCUCUAUGAAAAAGUUUGGCUAAAGCGCAGAUUUCAAAGAGUGUUAGACGCCUUCAUUUUACUCCUCCUCCUCUUGCUUCUCAGUUAUCGUCUUUUCUCAUCCAACACCUUCACUGCCCCAUGGUUCCUUGCUUUCAUAUGCGAAUCAUGGUUCACCUUCACUUGGAUAGUGAUUCUCAACGCCAAGUGGAGCCCUGCACUAACAGUAACCCACCCAGAAAGGCUCUUGCAAAGGGUACCUGAGCUUCCGCGAGUAGACUUGUUUGUGACAACAGCGGAUGCUAUACUUGAACCACCCAUCAUCACAGUCAACACUGUCUUGUCUUUGUUAGCACUUGAUUAUCCUUCUAACAAGCUAGCAUGCUAUGUCUCCGAUGAUGGAUGUUCACCUCUUACUUUCUAUGCACUUGUUGAAGCCUCCAAAUUCGCUAAGCUUUGGAUACCAUUCUGUAAGAAGUACAACAUACAAGUCAGAGCACCCUUCAGAUACUUCUCUCAGGUUGCCACUGAGACAAGUGAAGACUCACUUGAAUUCAAGCAAGAAUGGUUACUAAUGAAGGAUAUGUAUGAGAGUCUUAGCCACAAAAUUGAAGAGGUGACGCGCAAGACAAUUCCAUUCCAACUUGAUGGAGAAUUUGCAGUUUUCUCAAAUACUGACCGAAGAAAUCAUCCGAGCAUAAUUAAGGUUAUAAUAGAGAAUAAGGAUGGUGUUUUUGAUGGGAUGCCUCACUUAAUCUACAUAUCCAGAGAGAAGAGGCCACAAUAUCAUCCUAAUUACAAAGCCGGUGCUAUGAAUGUGUUGACAAGGGUUUCUGGGUUGAUGACCAAUGCUCCCUUUAUGCUGAACGUAGAUUGUGACAUGGUUGUGAAUAAUCCGAAGAUUGUUCUACACGCUAUGUGCAUUUUGAUGGAUUCUAAAUGUGGAAAAGAAGUUGCUUUCGUUCAGUGUUUCCAACAAUUCUAUGAUGGAAUAAAAGAUGACCCUUUCGGAAAUCAGUGGGUGACUGCAUUUGAGUACGUAAUACGUGGCACGGCAGGACUUCAAGGACCUUUCUAUGCGGGAACAAACACCUUCCAUAGAAGAAAUGCAAUUUAUGGUCUCUAUCCUCAUGAAAUUGAAAGCGAGAGAAAAGGAAAAUUAGAAUUGGAAGAAAAGAUAUUAAUACAACAGUUUGGAAGUUCAAAGGAGUUUGUCAAAUCAGCAGCUCAUGCUUUGGAAGGGAGUGCAUAUUCUGUUGACGAUAUAACUCCUUCCAACUUUACUGAGGCAGCAACACAAGUGGCUAAUUGUGGAUAUGAAUAUGGCACAUGCUGGGGUAAACAGAUGGGGUGGUUGUAUGGAUCAGUGGCAGAAGAUGUACCAACCGGGUUGAAUAUUCAAAGAAAAGGUUGGAGAUCAGAGGGUUGUACCCCUGAUCCAAUCGCCUUCACGGGAUGUGCUCCUGGAGGAUUACUCUCUACAAUGAUACAACAAAAAAGAUGGGCCUCGGGCCUCACUGUAGUCUUCUUUGGAAAACAUUCUCCAAUUAUGGGUAUGCUCUUUGGUAAGAUCCAAUUCAGGGCAGGCUUGUCUUAUUUUUGGCUUACCAACUGGGGCUUGCGUGGGGCCUUCCUUGUUUGCUAUGUUACACUACUUUCAUAUUGCAUCAUUACCAACACCAAUAUCUUUCCUAAGGGAUUUGGUCUUUGGAUUCCAAUUGCGCUUGUUGUAAUUUACAAUGUACAUACUCUUUUAGAGUACCUUAGAAUUGGGCUGUCAGUUCGGCAUUGGUGGAACAAUCAGAGAAUGACCAUAAUGACAACCACUACUGCAUGGUUUAUUGGAUUUUUGAGUGGUAUGCUUAAGUUAUUAGGGUUAUCUGAUACUGUCUUUGAAGUAACAGAGAAGGAACACCCAACUUGUGGUGCUGAUGGAGAUAGUGCAGAUGCUGGAAGGUUCACAUUCGAUGAGUCUCCAGUUUAUGUGGUAGGCACCACCAUUUUGGUGGUUCAUUUGACAGCAAUGUUUAUCAAGUUUUGGGAGUUGCAACGAACUUCUGGUGGAAAUGAGUGUGGACUAGGGGAAUUAAUCUUUAGCACGUAUCUGGUGGUGUGCUACUGGCCAUAUUUGAAAGGGUUGUUUGGCAGAGGAAAAUACGGAAUUUCCUUGUCUACCAUUUUCAAGUCAUCGGUGGUUGCAUUUAUCUUUGUGCACUUCUGCAGAAGUAACGUUAUCAGUUCUUGACUUUAAUUUUUCUUUGCAUUUUGUCCUUAUUUUGUGUUAGUGAUUAGUGAAUGGAGGGUGCUAAAAUUAAUUUGGAGGAUAACAUCAGUUUCGGUGGCUCCUGCCUUUAUUAAUUGAAAUAUGUUAGAAAAUAUUUGUUUCA